AUGUCUGGAUCUGUCCAACUGUCCAACAAGUACUCGUACAACUCUUUCAUGUUCUUCUCGAUCAAGCUAGUAGCUAAACCCUCUUCGCCUGCAAGCGACGCGACCUGUGCUGCAGCACCAAGUGUCAUUGUUUCUUUUGGAGGACGAGAAAAUUCGUCCAGCAGCACCAAGGGCACCAAAAGAAGUGCUCCCGACUCUGCAGAGCCGCAAUUCCUGUCGCAGUCGCAAGAUGGCGAGUCAGAAGACCUCGAGGAUGGGCUGAAGGUGUGGGGGUACAUGCCCGGCCAUGUUCAUUACAAAGUAGGCACGGUAGAAGACAAUGGCCCGCACAAAGACUCACCAGCAGAAUCCUCUGGGACGACGGAUGUCGUAGAUAAAGUCCUCCCAGCAGUCCCUCCCAGAUCAAUAACCGAUGCAUUUGUGAACCACUUUCUGAGCGUCGUGAACUACCGCUAUAGUGCGAUAUACGGGCCAACACUAGCUGAACAAUAUGUCCAGUGGUGGACAGAUCGCGGUGCCGGCAAGCAGCUCUCUCCAGAGUUUACCUGCUUGCUUCUAAGAAUCUGUGGAUAUUCCGUGCAAUACCUCACACCUUCGCUUCGUAAAAUGAUCGAGUUCGAGCUGGCUUGCAACUCUCAGACUCUGACGGAGCGGUUUGCCGAUGCAGCCGAAGAACUCAGCCAGAGUUUUGAAGCAUCAAGAACAAGCAUUGAGCGGGUGCAAGAACAAUUCUUGAAAGGUGCUUGGUUAAAAUCCGAGUCCAAGAUAGUAGAGUCAUGGCAUGCGCUUUCGCGCACAAUCCGGGAAGCGCAAGAGCUAGGUAUCGACAAAGAUGCGGGUAUCGAGGACCUGAGUGAGUUUGACAUCGAAAUCAGGAGACGUCUCUGGACGUUGUUGUAUAUCUGGGAUUGGCAGAUGUCGGCGUGGCUAGGCCGUCCCAACCUCAUUGAUCAGAAAAAUCUUACCUUCAAAUUCCCUAACCUACGGUUAGACCAGUCAACCACGGAGCCAAACCUCCUUUCACCUUUUGCUCACAUGGCACUCCAAGCGAAUCUGGGCCGUAGAAUCGCGACUGCCAUGGGAAACGCCAACUCUAAGGCAGAUCUAUCGGACAAGCAGGUUGUAAACAUACAGUCCGAGUGCGAGAAGCUGAUCGAGGAGUUACCGCCGAUAUUCCGAUUUACAAACGCCGACACAUCUUUUGAUGAGAGACACCCUUAUUUCGUCUUCCAGCGCCUCCAAUUACAUUGCGUUAUCCUCCUGACGCAGCUCGAUUUUCUCAAACCCUAUCUGACCCGAGAGCGACAAGACAAUGUGGCUGGCCAAGACGAAGAGUUUAGGAAGAAGGGCAUAGAUAUCGCAUUACGUCUCCUGAAGGUUGCGCGUAAACUUUUCGAUCACGAGUUUCCGAUUAAUGCCAAGUUUCACAUGGUCGUCUUUUGCAUCUUCGACACAGCGACAUUGCUUUGUUCCGCCAUCAUACACGACCGCGAGCACGUCCUGCCUCAUCGCGAAGAAGUUGUGGACGUUAUUGAAAGCUCUCUGGAGAUGCUGCAACAACUCAGCGGAACAACAAAACUUGGGGCUACAUCGUUUAACUUCCUUUCCAAGCUUGUGCAGGCUACACCGGAGCUUUCGCGAUACCCUUCGAUCAGUAAGCGGCAACGGCAGACUUUUCCUUCGGUACCUAAAUCAACGUCGUCGGUCCCAGCACACGAGCCUGCACCAGUAACGACCAUGCCUUCUAUAGCGUCUGUAGAGCCGGCUACUGCACCAGUAACCUCUAACAUUGGCGAUCUUCCUCCAGUGACCAUUUCGGAUGAUCUUUCAUUCGACAUUGAUCAGUUUCUUGCCCAGAACCCUUUUGGUACUGUCGGAGAUCCGUCUGCUGUAGACAUGGGUGGCAUGGAGCAGAUCUGGGACUGGCAAGAUCUGCAUCUGGAUGCCUACGCGCAGGAAGACCAACAUGGCUGGAACCAUAAUGGAUCGGGAUGA